AGACUGCCGGUGUCGUAAUGGAAUUGCCCCGUCCGUGCUGCUUCCCGGUCGUCGAGAACUUGCAGGUAGAUAGGUCGAAACCGGGUGAUGAGGGGCGAUGAUAAAAGAACGAAAAUGGUAAUAAAGGAAGGGAAGGCAAGUUAUAUGCGAACCAACUCAACUCGAGCCCUUUUCUCUUUCUUUUCUUUUCUUUUUUCCUUUUUCUCCACCCCUCUCUCACCUGGCUCGCUGCCAAUGCAGAGAAUGUUGUAGGAAGAGCUGAGCUUAUGCAGGAGUCAGAAGGGGAAGACCGUAGGGAAAUGGCCGAGCGUCCAACCAAUUCUAUAAUGCCAAAGAGAUGAUGAAACCUGCGGGAGAUGUGCUGGGAGCGAGCGCUGAUGGAACAACCGAUCUUUAAUUCUUGCAACCCGCACGGGAGCGGAGAUCAAUUUGAGUCGGUCGGUGGCCGGGUGGAUGGACAGGAAGAAAAUCAAUGCACUCUUAGGGCUCUGAGAGCGGGGGGAACUCCUGCUUCUGCCCGUGCUUUGCCUAUAGCAAGCACCCCUCCCUAAUGAUUUAUCACGAUCGGAUUUCCUGACUGAUCAAGCAAUCAAACUGUUGGAGGAGCAGGUGCCGAUACAGCGCGUACGGAAGGUAACUGCCCACGCUAUAAACGAGGCGACAACAAGAGAAGGGUCAACCUAUCACAAAAGAAAUAUGCCCCUCGUUAGGCUAGGGAUAAAUAUUAAAAAGGCCAAAUAGAACAAAAAUAGAGAGAUAAAAAAAGGUCUACGGUAUUUGAAAGAAUUCAAUCCAUCUACCCCCUAACAGGGUUUCAUGGUGGUUGCCGAC